UUCCUGUUGAGACGUGGCUCCGGGGCGGCCAUAUUGUGCGGAGAACCGACAGAACCCAAGUAACCAGUCAGGCCCGCCGUCCACUCCUAGACCCCGGCAAUCAUGGUGCUGCUGGCUGCAGCCGUCUGUACAAAGGCUGGUAAAGCCAUUGUCUCGCGGCAGUUUGUUGAAAUGACCCGCACGCGGAUUGAAGGGCUGUUAGCUGCCUUCCCCAAGCUCAUGAACACAGGAAAACAACACACAUUUGUGGAAACAGAGAGUGUGCGGUAUGUUUACCAGCCUAUGGAAAAACUCUACAUGGUUCUCAUCACCACCAAGAAUAGUAACAUUCUUGAGGAUUUGGAGACACUCAGACUUUUUUCCCGCGUGAUUCCUGAAUAUUGCAGAGCUCUGGAGGAAACCGAAAUCUCAGACCAUUGUUUUGACCUAAUCUUUGCAUUUGAUGAGAUUGUUGCGCUGGGCUACAGAGAAAACGUAAACCUGGCCCAGAUAAGGACAUUCACAGAAAUGGACUCUCAUGAAGAGAAGGUGUUUAGGGCCGUCAGAGAGACCCAGGAACGAGAAGCAAAGGCAGAGAUGAGACGUAAGGCCAAAGAACUGCAACAGGCAAGGAGAGAUGCAGAACGCCAUGGCAAAAAGCCUCCAGGAUUUGGUGGAUUUGGCUCAGGCAGUUCCUCUAUUUCUAGCAGUGCAGCCACCAUAAUUACCGAGACCAUCAUGGAGCCAGAAAAGACUAAGACUGCUCCUAUACCAUCCAGAUCUUCUGGUUCGAGCAAAGCCCUGAAACUUGGGGCCAAAGGGAAGGAAGUGGACCACUUUGUGGACAAACUUAAAUCUGAAGGGGAGACCAUUGUUACUCCAUCUUCUGGCAAGAGACCUUCAGAGGUCGCCAAGGUGCUUUCCCCACCUGUCAACAUGGAAAGUGUCCAUUUAAAGAUCGAGGAGAAAAUCUCACUGACCUGCAGUCGGGAUGGUGGACUACAGAAUAUGGAAGUCCAUGGUCUAAUAAUGCUUAGAGUGACCGAUGACAAGUAUGGAAGGAUUCGUGUUCACAUUGACAAUGAAGAUAAAAAAGGUGUACAGCUCCAGACUCACCCUAAUGUGGACAAAAAACUUUUUACAUCAGAUUCAGUUAUUGGACUAAAAAACUCAGAAAAAUCCUUUCCCCUGAAUAGUGACGUAGGAGUGCUAAAAUGGAGACUACAGACAACCGAUGAGUCAUUCAUUCCUCUAACCAUUAACUGUUGGCCAUCAGAAAGUGGAAAUGGCUGUGAUGUAAACAUAGAAUAUGAGUUGCAAGAGGAUAGACUGGAGCUGAAUGAUGUGGUCAUUACUAUCCCUCUACCGGCUGGAGUUGGUUCCCCAGUUAUUGGGGACAUAGAUGGAGAUUAUCACCAUGACAGCCGCAAGAACACACUGGAAUGGACUCUGCCAGUAAUUGACUCUAAAAACAAGACCGGAAGCCUUGAGUUCAGUAUUGCUGGGCAUCCCAAUGAUUUCUUCCCUGUUACUGUGUCCUUUGUAUCUAAAAAGAACUACUGUAGCUUACAGGUGACCAAGGUGACCCAGGUGAACGGUGACGGCCCUGUGAGGUUUUCCACUGAGACUGCCUUCCUGGUGGAUAAAUAUGAGAUUCUGUAAUCCUCCUGCAGAGUGAGGGUCCACUACGUUAACCUUUUUCUUUGCGAUUUCAGAUAGAAACAUCUGAAGGAUUUUUCUUUAUAGUCUGAUCAGUUCAGGCAGACAGAAAAUACAUUUUGACAGAUAUUUGUCCACUCCUCCCUCAAGGAGGGAAUCCACAGAAUUAAUUUUCUGUUUUGCUCCAAACACAAAUCCCUAUUUUGAAUAUGGGCAACGUAUUUGCAUAUUCUGUUGCAGGGAAGAUGUAUUAUUUCUCCCUACACCCCCUAUCUCAAUAUUGUGGAGUGCAGUCAUUGAAAACAAGAAUAAUUUAUAUAUCUGAAGUCCUUUCUGUAGGUUUCUGGAUUAAUCUAAUUUUCUGCUUCAGUUUUUGUUAAGGUACAUUUUCCCUUCUUUCAUUGGAGGAGAAUCUGUGCUGUUAAUUGAAAGGAGACCGGGGAGGUUUAAGGAGACAUAUGAUUUUCUGGGGAGGGUAGGAAUUAAGGGGACAUGUUCUUUUUUGUAACCCUGUAUAACUGCAUAGAGGAAACGCACAUUCCAUAGCACACAGAAGUAUUGUUCUGUAAUCCAAUAAACAAAUCAAAAUUGA